GUCGCUCAUUAAGCCACCUACGUGCGACAAAGCACAUCAAUCGAAAAGUUUCCUGUUUCGUGAUAGAGAGAUUGAUGAUAUUAGAGAGAUUAACAGGACUUACAGUGUUACUUGAUAAGUUCCAUAAUCUGUAUUGUCGGGAAAAUUUAUAAGAGUGACGCGAUCUGAAAGAAACCGACAUUGUCUCAUCGCGAUCGCCAUGAAGCUCAUUUACGUUGUCUUAGCAUCCGUUGCUCUGGUUUCCGCGGAAACUCCAGAUAUUCUGAACGGUCUCGUGAAUGGAACACUGCAAACAGUUGACAUACGGAAAAUUGUGGAAAGUUGGACUCCUUUAAUCUCUCAAUACAUCAACGAGAAUGAUCUGGAUCCAUACGCGCUCAAAUCUAUUCAGACAGAAUUUUGGGUGCCUUUUCCGGGAAUCCCAAUUAUCUCGUACAAAGCCCACUUCGUGCUGGAUUCAGGAAAAUUGAGAGGUUUAUCCAAACUGAAAUUCAACAAGGCUACCUUAACGUACGAAAACAGGAUAAUAGAGCUGGCGCUGGACGUCGAAUUCCAAAUGCUGAUGAUAGCGUACGAUUACGAUCUGGAACUGCGCAUUCUCCAUCCGAGAGGACAGAUUACGGCUGAUGCCAAAGCAGUGCAUAUUAGUACUAUCAUCACCUUCAAUACAAUGGAUUACAGUUUGGCUCUCGAAAAGCUCCAGUUGGAAACUCUCAACAUCGGAAACGUGGUUGUUCAAAAUCACAGCGGUUGGAAGUAUUGGGUAAUCUCGUUCAUUGCCGAAGUCGUGGCCACAUUGAAUAAGGGCAACAUCACGAGAUCCAUUGAGACAGACGUGGCGGAAGCAAUUCAAAAAUACCUGGACGGAGUAAAUCGUUAUGUGCCCCCCGAAGUAGUAGUCAAAUUCUUCCAGGAUAUGCUAUUGAAACUCGAACUGGACAAUUGAUUCGAACGAACAUUGUACCGACGUCGAUCUCUUGGUCGUUUGAGUGCCAACAAGAGAAGAUCGUGUUUCUUUGUUAUAUAUAUUAAAAAAAUGUUAAACCUGUGCUAAUCGCUUUUCUCUGGUUUCAUAUCGGAAGAUCUUGAACGAGCGCUAUCGCGCUACAUUCUUUUGUUGCGUGAUUAUUUCGCAGGUGUUACUUGUUUUUUGAGAGGCUAAUCUUGAAUCAUAUAUUAUAAAUAUAAUACACUGUUGAAAUGUGACUACACAUAUUAAACUCUUCUACUUCGUAAAUAUAUGUUGGGUCGGUCCAAAGGUCGGUUGGUCUUUUAUCAGUCAAAUUUAACUUUGAUUUUACAGUCAAUGGAAGUGAGUUAUUCAUUAACUAAAUAGUCGCCUUAGACUUCACUCAUUCGUCAUCAUUCUGGAACAUUAUCAGCAUUAUUAUUUGUAUUGGUAUAUACAUGAAUGGCUUCUAUCGAAAGUCAAAUACACUUUUGUACCGACUAAAGAAAUGAUAAAUAUUAGGUUGUCGCGCAAUUUCUCUGUCGUAUUUUUGGCGCGCUUAUCUUCGACGUAUAAUAAAUUAAUAUUAAAUUUGUUUUUCAACUGCGCUGCUAGUUUGAUUGUAUACUUCUUAUAUAAGUUGUAGGUAAUAACCAAUAUGAUGUGAAUUAAAUUUUGUUUUCAGAA